CUUCUUCAACCUAAGGAAGACGAACACAGUUAACCCCUCUGUCGGAGCUCAGGUCACGAGCCACCGUCACCAGCUAAGAGGCUAAGUGAACUCUGUGAGAAAAGAGAAGCGAAGAUGGUAGGAGUAGAAAAGAGAUCCGAGAUGAUGCAUAAUCUCUUCGGCGAUCAAUCCGAGGAAGAAGAAGAGAUCGAGUCCGAACACGAAUCCAAUCCUCAGCCCAACUACGCUUCCGAUGAAGCCGAGGGCGGGAUGGAGCCUGAAGGAGAAGGUGAAGCUGAGGUUGAUGUUCACGGUGAGGCUGAAGCUGAGUCUGAUGGGGAACAUGGCGAUGUAGAACUUGAUCCUGGAGAAAGUGAGGGUGAGAGGGAGCAAAGUUCACAGGAGGUUGAUGUUGCUGAUCCACAUGAGGAAAGUGAAGCAAGAGAUACUGAUAGUGAUAACAAAGAAGAAGAACAUGUAGGUAGAGUAGCCAAAAACAGGAGACAGGAUGUUGUCGAGAGUGGAUCAGAGAGGUCUGGUGAGAAGCAUUAUGAGUCUGAAGACGAAGAGGUUAAUCAGACAAGGACUCCAAGAUCACCUAGUGAGGAGAAGGAAGAGGCUCAAGUCGCACAGUCAGACGUAAAUAUUCGUAAUGUAUUUGGAUCUUCGGAUGAUGAAGAUGCAGAAGAAUAUGCCCGGAAUGACGUUGAGCAGGAUGAACAUAGAUCGCCAAUGGAAGAUGAAGAGGGCUCUGAAAAGGAUCUGAGACCCGAUGAUAUGGUGCUUGAUGAUAUUAUCCCUGAAGAGGAUCCUCAAUACGAGUCAGAAGCUGAGCAUGUUGAAUCUAGGUACAGGGAGAAGCCAGUUGGUCCUCCUUUGGAAGUGGAGGUUCCUUUCCGCCCUCCUCCAGGUGAUCCGGUUAAGAUGAACAUGAUAAAAGUUUCCAAUAUCAUGGGAAUCGAUCCAAAGCCAUUUGAUGCCAAAACAUUUGUUGAAGAAGACACAUUUGUGACAGAUGAACCCGGAGCAAAGAAGCGUAUCCGUCUGGAAAAUAAUAUUGUUCGCCAUAGAUUUGUUAAGAGUCGAGACGGCAAAACAUAUAGUGAAAGUAAUGCUCGGUUUGUAAGGUGGUCAGAUGGAAGCUUACAGCUAUUGAUAGGAAACGAAGUUCUUGAUAUAACUGAACAAGAUGCAAAACAAGACCAGAAUCACCUCUUUAUCAAACAUGAAAAGGGUAUCCUUCAAUCACAAGGAAGAAUUUUGAAGAAAAUGAGAUUUAUCCCAUCAUCUCUAACGUCAAAUUCCCAUAGGCUUUUAACUGCCCUUGUUGACUCGAGGCACAAGAAGUCCUACAAAGUUAAGAACUGUGUCACUGACAUUGACCCUGAGAGGGAGAAGGAGAAGAGAGAAAGGGCGGAAAGCCAGAACCUCAAGGCUAGUACAAAGCUGAGUCAGGCGAGGGAGAAAGUCAAGCGCAAGUAUCCACUUCCUGUUGAGAGGAGACAACUUUCCACUGGGUACUUGGAAGAUGCUCUUGAUGAGGAUGACGAGACAGACCACUAUGGUUCUCACCGCUCAAACCGAGGCUACGAGGAGGAUCUCGAAGCUGAAGCGCAACGGGAACGCCGAAUUCUGAACGCCAAGAAGAGCCACAAAGGCAUUCCGGGGAGGUCUUCAAUGACUUCAGCCAGACCUUCCAGACGUCAAAUGGAGUAUUCUGAGAGUGAAAGAGAGGAAUCUGAAUAUGAGACGGAAGAAGAAGAGGAGGAAAAGUCACCGGCCCGUGAUGAAUAUGAGGAAGAUGCAGAAGAAGAGGAAGAAGACGGAGGGAAAUCUAACAGAUAUUCUGAUGAAGACGAAGAAGAGGAAGAGGCUGCGGGUGCUAGGACAGAGAAGGAUCACCGUGGAAGUGGCCGGAAAAGGAAAGGGAUUGAGUCUGACGAGGAGGAGUCUCCACCGAGAAAAGCUCCGACACAUCGCCGUAAGGCCGUGAUUGAUGACAGUGAUGAAGAUUAAUCAUAUUCUUUUAAAUCUUUCACUCUCCUUUCGUCAAUUUGUUAUGAUGUAGUCUGGAAUUAGACUCGUUUUCAUCAAAAUAAAGAGACAUAAAAAUCAUUGGGUCUGAGUUGAUAAUUUUUUCAA